CUAUUAUUAUAUAUUAUUUAAGUGUAUUUUCUAUUACUUUUUUUAACAAAUGCAAGUAUCCAUUCCCAGCCUAAUUUUUGCAGCCACUUUGGCCGCGACCAUUGCACAUGGCCAUGUGUCUUCAGCAACCAAGCCAAUUCAACCGCAACUCAAGAACAACGACGGACUGAUAAUACACCCUGAGCCCAUCCCGCUCCUCACCAUAACUCCCAACAGUGCCACGGACUCUGUCGAAUCUCUGGGCAAUGCCGCUGUGCGGUUCAUCAGCCAAACCGUCGGCAUCCCACAAGACAAUGUCCGAGUCAGCCACCAGUUUAUCGACACUUUUACUGGAAUCACCCAUGUGCACCUGGUUCAGACCCUCGACAGCAUGGAUAUAUCCAAUUCAGUAGCCAAUGUCAACAUAAAGGGCAACAAGGUUAUUUCAUCCAGCCAUACGUUUGCACCCCAGACGUCGCUCCAUGAGGCCGCCCAGUUUGUCAAGACAUCUGGUGACUCAGCCAAGGAGGCACUCGGCGCACUGGCCAAGCACUUGGACAUUCCACUGAGCUCCUCUGACCUCGACCAAGUAACAGUCUCCACAGUGAAUAGACUUUUGGGCAGUCAGCAGAUUUCAAUCGAGGGCAUUCCAACCAAGCUGGCGCUGGAUGGCACAGCCAUGGCUGAGCGUGCAUAUGUCCAAAAUGAGAGCGAGCAAUUGGUUCCUGUGUGGCGCAUAAUUGUUGAGCAGCAGGACCAUUGGUGGAACAGCUACGUGGAUGGCAGUGGCAAGGUGGUCAGGCUCGCCGACUGGUACUCGCAGUCCGAAUCAUACCUUGUGUACCCGCGCAAUGUGUUGUCGCCAGAUGAUGGCCAGCGCAGACUGCUGUCGAACCCGGCCAGCCAUGUGGCUAGCCCCAGGGGCUGGUCAACAGGCAAGUCCACGAUAGGAAAUAAUGUCUGGGCGCAAAGCAAUCCCGACGGCGGAUCAAGCUGGAGAUUGAAUCACCGGCCCAAAUCUGUCAGUGGCAAGUUCAGCUACCCGUUGGGUUUGACCAAAGAGCCUGCGACAUAUGUGGAUGCCUCGAUCACGCAGCUGUUCUACACAAACAACCUGAUGCACGAUCUCUCCUUCAUAUAUGGGUUCACUGAGGAAGCGGGCAAUUUCCAAGACAUCAAUUACAGCGGUAAAGGGCUCGCGAGUGACUCUGUUAUUGCCAAUACGCAGGACGGAAGCGGCACGGAUAAUGCCAAUUUUGCGACGCCGCCGGAUGGUCAGCACCCGCGAAUGCGCAUGUACAUUUGGACGCAGACGACGCCCUCUAGGGACAGCAGCUUGGAGCAGGACAUUGUUGCGCACGAGUACACCCAUGGAAUAUCCAACCGGCUGACCGGCGGCGCAGCCAACUCGGACUGCCUGUCGGCCAACGAGUCUGGCGGCAUGGGCGAAGGUUGGAGCGACGCCGUGGCCAAUUUGCUCAGGCUCAAUACCUCAUACACAGCCGCAACCGAUCUGACUCUCGGCGACUACGUCUACACAAAGAACAUCCGUAAGUACCCUUACUCGACCAGCAUCACAACCAACCCGUCGACCUACCAGUUCUUGGACCGCCCAGACUACAAGGAAGUGCACAGUAUCGGAGAAGUCUGGGCGGAAAUGCUGUAUGAGGCUACCUGGGCGCUGAUCACCAAAAACGGCAUGGCUGAGGAUCUUUUUGCCCGCGAUCUGACCAAGGGAAACUCAAUUAUGCUGCAGAUUCUGCUCGAUGGAAUGAAACUGCAGCCAUGCAAUCCGUCGUUUGUGGAUGCGCGGAAUGCCAUUUUGCAAGCAGAGAGCAAUCUGUCCGGCGGAUCUAACCGCUGCGUGCUGUGGAAGGCGUUUGCGAAACGCGGGCUUGGCGUUAAUGCGACAGGGAAAGAUGGAACGACGCAUACCGAGGAUUUCUCUGUGCCGGCUGAGUGCCUGAAAGUAUGAGCGAGGGUUUUUUUCUGUUCGUUAGAAUUAAUAUCAUCACGUGCCGUGUGUUUUUUAUUGUUUGCGGCCUGCGAGCCAAUGAAGUGACGACAGCCAAAGGUGCCUUCCGAGGCGAGGAAGGCAGAGAUGGUGGCGUUGCAUGC